AUGAGAGAUUUGGCGUCGUGCUUCAGCGAACACGCGGUGCAGGUCUCCGACGCCUCGUGCUCCGGCGCCGCCGCCGCCGCAACCCUCUCCCCCUCCGCCCCGACCGCCGUCGUCUGCUCCUACCGGCUGUCUCUCUCCUCCCAGAAGCAGAUCCUCGUUAGCCUGGCCUGGUGCCGGAGCCCCCUCUCCCAGGGCCUCACCCUCACCUUCGACGGCGACCACGCCGCCGCCCUCAAGCUCACCACCCACUCCCGCCUCUUCCGGAAGCUCAAAGGCGCCAGGUCCAUCGACCUCCACGGUUUCGCCAUCGAGGUCCACUGGGACCUCUCCGCGGCCCGCUAUGAGGCCGGGCCCGAGCCCAUCGACGGUUUCUACGUCCUCGUCACCGUCGACUCCGAGAUCGGCCCGGCACUCGGCGACCUGGCCCGGGAGGCAGCGUCCAGGAAGCUCCGGCCGGGGACCCGGCCCGCGGAGUGGUGCCUGGUCUCCCGGCAGGAGCAUUUCACGGGGGGGUCGGUCUACGCUGCGAGGACCCGGUUCCGGGAGUCCGGCCCGGCCCACGAGGUACGGAUCCAGUGCGGAGGGGUGGGGGAGGAGCAGCCGGGGCUGACGGUGUGGAUCGACCGGAAGGCGGUGAUGAGGGUGAAGAGGCUGCGAUGGAAUUUUAGGGGAAAUCAGACGAUAUUCGUGGACGGGCUGCUGGUGGACUUGAUGUGGGAUGUGCACGGGUGGUUCAACGGGUCCGGGUCGGGUCACGCGGUGUUCAUGUUCAGGACACGGAGCGGGUUGGACAGCAGGCUCUGGCUUGAGGAGAAGAUGGUCAACGGGGAUCGGGAGAAUGUAUAUUGGGGGGUGUGUUGUGGAGCUCUCCUGUUUCUCUCUGGAUUGUUGAAAUUCAAUACAAAAAAUUGA